ACCGAAGUCCCCAAAGAUGUAACCGUGCGGGAGGGAGACGAUAUCGAAAUGCCCUGCGCGUUCCGGGCCAGCGGAGCCACCUCAUACUCGCUGGAGAUUCAGUGGUGGUACCUUAAGGAGCCUCCCCGGGAGCUGUUACAUGAGCUGGCGCUCAGCGUGCCGGGCGCCCGGAGCAAGGUAACAAAUAAGGAUGCAACUAAAAUCAGCACCGUGCGUGUCCAGGGCAAUGACAUCUCACACCGCCUUCGGUUGUCUGCUGUACGACUGCAGGACGAAGGAGUUUAUGAGUGUCGUGUGUCGGACUACAGCGACGACGACACUCAAGAACACAAGGCCCAGGCGUUGCUGCGCGUGUUGUCGCGUUUCGCACCGCCCAACAUGCAGGCUGCUGAGGCAGUGUCCCACAUUCAGAGCAGUGGCCCUCGUCGACACGGAGCCCCCAGCGCUGUCAGCUCCAGCAACGCAGGCGCAGUGGUCCGCACCACCUCUGAACCUGGGCAUGGAGACAAGAACCCACCUCCUGGGAGCCCUCCUGCUUGGCCAGAAGUUCCGGAGGCCGCCGCCGCCGCCGCUGCUGCUGCUGCCUCUGCAACCCACACAGUCACCACCACUGCUGCUGCAGCUGCUGCUGCUUCAUCAGCUUCUCCGCCAUCGGGCCAGGCUGUCCUUCUGCGUCAGAGGCACGGUUCCG